UCCUGUCUGAAUUUCUCUCUGACUUCUAAACUUUUUUUAAUUGUUCCAAAAAAAAUGGGGGUUCGAUUUUUCCGCUUAGUGUUCAAUUCUUGUGGGUUCAAAAUCUAAUUGCGUUACGUUUCUGGGUAUACUGUGUACAAAUUGAAACGAAAAAUUUUUCUGCUUGGAGGUUGAAGGGGAGAAAAAGGAACAAGAGAGAGAAAAAAGAAAUCAAUUUGAGAGAUUCAAUUUUUUUUUUGGCCUGACUUUGAGAGAUUCAAUUGCAAAAAAUGGGUCUGGGAAAUUGGGGGAAAUAGUGUGUGAUACAGUCGUGAAGAGAGAGCUUCGUGAUUUCGGUGCCUAGAUGAAGAUGCCUGCGACGGAAUUUCAAAGUUCGUCUCCUUCUUUAGCUCAUUUUGGCCGCGCGCUUCUGAGUCUUCGUCGUGAUCCCGUUCAAGUUCAUUCAAUGGAAGGGUCAGCUACGCCUCAGUAUCGAAACUCUAAUUUGGAGCAAGAACUUGAGUCAUUUCAGAAACAGGUCAGUGACAAAUUUUUGGAUCUCUCUUCGGUAGGCCGGGAUGAUUUGCUUUCCCUUUCAUGGAUACGGAAGUUACUUGAUUCCUUUAUCUACCUUCACGAGGAAUUUAGGUAUAUUCUUCAUAAUUAUAGAGCUCUAGUGCUUAAACCUCCGGUUGAUCGGAUGAUGAGUGAUUUCUUUGAGCGGAGUGUGAAAGCUCUAGAUGUGUGUAAUGCGAUACGAGAUGGGAUUGAUCAGCUUCGGCAGUGGCAGAAGCUAUUGGAGAUUGUUCCCUGUGCGUUUGACAAUCAGAAGAGUAUUGGUGAGGGCCAAUUUCGUCGUGCCAAGAAGGCCCUCAAUGAAUUGGCAACUGGGAUGCUUGAUGAUAAAGAUUCUAAUGCAUCUCCAGCACAAAGAAACCGAUCCUUCAGCCGCAACCCUGUUGGCAGGGAUCAUCAUCAUCAUAAUCAUAGCCAUCUUUCUACAGGUCCUUUUCGAACCCUUUCAUGGAGUGUCUCUCGCAAUUGGUCUGCUGCAAGGCAGCUUCAAGCAAUUGGGAACAACUUGAAUCCUCCAAGAGGAAAUGAUGUUGUGGCUUCUAAUGGACUAGCAGUGGUCAUUUUUACUAUGAACUCGAUUCUUCUAUUUGUAAUGUGGACCCUUGUUGCGGCUAUUCCAUGUCAAGACCGUGGACUCCUGGUUCAUUUUUCUAUUCCUAGGAGUUUUUCAUGGGCAGCUCCAUUACUGUCGAUGAAUGAAUGGAUUAUGGAUGAGUCCAGGAAGAGGGAGAGGAGAAACUCUUGUGGUUUGCUAAAAGAGAUUCAUCAAAUUGAGAAAUGUACUAGGGUGAUGAAUGAAUUGGCUGCUUCGGUACAUUUCCCAUUGACGGAGGAGAAAGAAGGGGAGAUCAGACAGAGAGUGCAGGAGGUUUCACAGGUUUGUGAAGCUUUGAAAGAUGGACUCGACCCCUUGGAGCGCCAUGUGAGGGAGGUAUUUCAGAACAUUGUGCAAAGCCAAACCGAGAGGCUUGACGCUCUAGGUAGGCCAAACCAUCAUGAAUCUUGAGAGCAACAUCUUGUACUCAUCAUUUGGUCCGGGUCUUUAAAAAAUGCAAGUGGAAGCAAUAUCCUGAUUUUGCUUCCAAGGAGCUGCAAAAGGUAAAUAUGAUGAGGUAAACAAUAGAAGAAAAAAGGAAGGGAUGAAGACUGUGAAGCAAGAUUAUUCAAAAUGAGAAAUAUGCCAAUAACGGGAAGGGGGAGGGGGAGGUUUCUCGUAUCUGAAAACUCCUAAAAUGUAUAGAUUUUAGGAUAUUUGAAGUAGUCAUUUGAUGUCCAUUCUACUUGUCUUUCACCCUUGUUUGGCUUUUGCCUUGUCAUGCUGAUAUAGUAAUGAAAUUUCUCAGUAUAUUGCUUCA